GUUCGCAGUCACAGGAGGUGCUAGAGCCUCGCAGUUUUUCCUCCCAGGCCUUUGCUGUCGUUGUUAAGCUCUCUUUACGUAUUCGUCAAUGUCUGAAGAAGUCACUUAUGCAGACCUAAAAUUCCAGGACUUUCCUAGAACAGAUAACACCCAGCCACUCGGCCGAUUUGGGAAACCAGCUGCUCCCGUCCUUUCCCGUGGAUGGCGUCAGGCUGCCUUAAUUCUGGUGCUCCUGUGUCUUCUGCUGUUCUUCGGACUGCUGAUCUUAGCAAUCGUGUUUCACUCAACCUUGAAAGCAGAAAAGGGAAGAGUGAAUGAACUACAAAACAUCCAAGAAGAACUUCAGAAAAAUCUUUCUGUGCAACUGGUGAAUAACUGGAACUCCUCGGAGCAGAUCAGAAACCUCUCCGCUGUGUUGCAAAAAAUAGCUACCCAGUUAUGCCGCGAGCUUUACAGAAAAAACCCAGCGCACAAAUGUCAACCUUGCCCACAGAGCUGGAUAUGGCAUAGUGAUAACUGCUACCUCCUGAAUGACUAUCAGCUCACGUGGCAGGAGAGUGAGAAAGUCUGUUCUGCCCAGAACGCCAGCCUGUUGAAGAUCAGGAGCAGGAGUGAGUUGGAAUUUAUAAAAUCCAAGCCAUUAUAUGAUUAUUGGUUGGGAUUGUCGCCCGGAAAAUUUCAGAAAUCUGUGGAGAAAGUGGGUGAUACAAUAGCCUCUUCUGCCUGGGAUAUACGAAAUACUAGCAACUUAAAUAAGAUGUAUUGUGGAUUUAUCUAUAACACGUAUGUUUAUUACAUUCAGUGUAGCAACACACGAAAGACGGUGUGUCAGAAGAUGGCCCGUCCCUCUCUGAACAUUGAAAGUAUACUAACAAAUGGUAUUCCUGGAGGAAGCAGGUACCCUGGGUGAUGAUUUUGCCCUGGGGAGCGUGUCUCUCCUGGACCACACACGUGGGAUGAAAAUGCUGACACUGCACUUCUGUCUCCCAACAUUUACCUCUUUCUGUCUUCACUCCGUUUGUGGAUCAAGACCCGGCACUCUCUGGCCACACAGAUACAACCUGCACACUGUUAAGCAUAAAAAUAGUGUUUCUUGGAAAAUACAGGAAUGUUUAUUUUUCUUGCUUGUCUAGAAAUAAGAGAAAUUUCAACCCUGUGGAAAAUCAGGGACCAUUACCCACUGGGAUUUAUUCUAGUAAUACAAGCGGAUUAACAUUUUCGGGGAAAAAAAAAAAAAACAAGGGAGAGAAUGUUGAUGUAGAAACUAGAACCAACCUGGUUGAUUUAGAAAUUAUUUCUUAUUUUUUUUUGCAAGUGCAGUAAAUUCUAAAUUUUCAAAAUGAAAACCCGUGCUACAGGUAUUCUGAGGAAAUUUCUUUCUACGCUUCGUCACCUGCGAUACACUUGACCAAAUUCCGUCUUACACAUAAAAUCCUGGCAUGGCAACAGCGGACCAAGAGACAUCCCAUCCUGGAAGACUGACGGGUUAGCGCACCUCACCGCCCGGGGCAGGAGCAGGCACGCGCUCUCCAACCCGGCGUGUCCCACCCUGAGGUUGCAGCGUGGCACACAGGGCUCCAGAUAACAGGUGGGGGCCCCGCCAAAUGCACAAGAGCUGAAGGAAAACUCUGGGUCAGUGAAGAGUGCUGGUUGUCUCACCCAAUCACACUGCUGUCCUGGAGGACUCAGAAGUGAACCAGGGGCCCUUAAAGGGCCAACCAGCUACAAGGCUGCUUCCACGGAGAGCACACCCAUUGCUGGUAUGAGCAGGGUGGAUCCACACAGCGGUCAUUUCUCCGCUUUAGUGCUGAAACCUGAAGCUAGGCAGUGUUGCCUAACUAAAACGCAGUGUAUGGAACCCUGAAAUAAUCUGUUCAUGAUAAGAUGCUCAGCUUCUAAACACACAAAAAGGUUGGGAGGCUUCCGUUGGCUUGCUGUACCCCAAAGCUGCUUUUCAUUGGUUAGAGAUGAGAACUCGAGCCACUGCUUUCGGCAAAAGCCCGGUUUUGUUUUUCCCACACAAGAUCUCCACUGUCUUAGGCGCUCUGCUCACACCUUCAGCAAGUCUCAGUGAAUUCCCAGCCAUCCAGAGUUGCAGCCUAACAUUUUUCCUUAGUUGUUACCAUUUAUGUACACACAUGCGUGUACUCAUCUGUCCACACAUCCUAGGAAAAUCUUGUCUUUAAAACUGCCGUCUCAGCAAUUGGAGGAAUGAGGGAUGGCCACGAACGGGUAGAGAAAUACAGAAGCGGUUUACUGAAGAAAACACACCUGUCAUGGCAGUGAUCCAGACAGGGGUAAUAUAUACAGGGUUAAUUAAUUGAUGAAUACUUGGAUUUAGGAAGAAAUAAGCAGGCAGACACACUGAAUCAAAACCUAACAGUGGGAAGGAUUUUCAACAUCAAAGCUAUUCCCUGCUGUCUAGGGACAGCAGUUUUUCUCAGAGACAGAAUCUGUUUGGAAACAAAGAAAGCGGUUCAGCUGAAAAUAACAGACUUUCCCAUUUAGUAAGUGGUAAAAUGAGAAUUACGGCUCCCAACACGUGCCAGUGCUGACGACUAGGCAAUCAAAAAGGACCAGAAAUCUAUCCCUGCCGACCUCAUUUCUAGCCUCCAGCUGACAGCCCAGGAAACAGAGAAACAAUCCAUGGGGUGCAGACCUGUGGCUGUCUUCCACGGCCUGUUUUCCCUGUUGCUUUCUGCUUUUCCUCCCUGAAGAACAGACGCCAGGCUCCCUGCACCAGCCUUCAUUAUAUCUGUACGGAAGAAGCGAAGCCACUCAGCCACACGGAGACACUUUCGUUAAAGUAAACAGCAGAUGGAGGUUGUGUGCCGUAGAGCAGCAUCCUGAGACCCACGCCUUGCGCAGAGGCGCACAGGACUGAAAGGCCCUGGACACUUGUUCGUCAGGAGGAAGUAGGUGCUGGACAAGACUUUGCAGGAGGCCAAGGAUUCCAACAGGGCUCUUUCCCCAAGCCUGCACACACCUAAGCUAAAUUUUGACUGGUUACAGAAGGU